UAUGAAAGCAUUGAAACCUUGGAAACAUCCAUCUUAAAUUGAAAUUGCAUAAGAGUAACAUAUAAUGAUGAGAAGAUUGAUUAGUUUGGAAAAAAAACCAUUUAUGCAUUUAGACUAAUAAAUUAAAGACUUUAAAGCACAUGAAGAAAUUAUUUAAAAUAGAAAGAAAUGGUUUUUAUAAUAAUAUAAUUAUUCUCAUAAAAAUAAAUUAAAAAACAAAGGUUCGGUAUUUAAUGAUAAAAGUAUUAGCAAAUCAAAAUCAAGUUAAUUAAUGCAUUUAUGAAAUUUAUUUAAUUAAUAUUAUUAUUUAUAUUAUUUAUUAAAAUAAUUAUGGAAUUUCAAAAGUAAGUAACUCUAAUCAUAAAAUCAGAAAAUCUAUUUAUUUAUUAAUCUGAAGAUUUGGACCUUUUUUCAAUAAAAUAUUCUCCAAAUUUUGAUACAAAUGAUUUUUUUGCAGCUACUCGUUUAUUGUUUUAAAAAUAAUAAAAAUAUGAUUAGGAUUUAACAAUUGAGUUAUAUGCAGAUCUUUUAUUGACAUAAGAAUUCAAAGAAAUAUUAGGAAUUGUAAAUUAAGGAGUAAUAUUAAAAGCAACACCAUAAGAAAAAGUAAUAUUAAUAAACUUUAAAGGUAACUUUGGGUUUAAAUCUGAAAUUAUUCCUGAAAUAGUAAAAUAAUAUAUUCCAAAAGAAAUAAAGAAACGAUAUGCAUUAUUAAUAACAGAGCCAUUAUAUUACACUAAGUAUGUAAAUAUAAUGGAAGCUAUGCAUUUGGGAAUAUAUAAAGAAGAAGAUGAAAAUUGGGAGGUUUAUUUGGUAAUAUAUAUCUUAAUUUUAAGGUAAUAGAGCAUAAAUUUCCAAAAUUAUAAGGAUUGGAUGGUAUAGUAAUUACAGGAUCAAGUAGUGCAGCUUAUGAUUUGAGUGAAGAUUGGAAAGAACCAUUAUUUUAGUUUUUAAGAGAAGCUGAUAAAUGUAAAAUAAGAAUAUUAGGAAUAUGUUUUGGACAUUAAGUUUUAGCUCAUUGUUUAGGUGGAGAGGCUUAAAAAAUGAUGCAUGUAGAUAGAAUGUAAGUGGGUAGAAAAGCUCUAUCAACUUAAUUUAAAUGGAAUGAUUAAUUAAUUGAAAAUCUAAAUGUUUAUUAAAUACAUGGAGACUUUGUAGCAUAAUUACCAAAAGAUACAGAAGUUAUCAUGAGCACAGAUCAUUGUUAAAAUUAUGCAUUCAAAAAUGAUCAUAUUUUAGGUGUACAAUUUCAUCCUGAAUUUAAUGCUUUAAUUUUAUUGUACAUUUUUAGAAAUUCUACAAAUUAAUUAAAAGAUAUCUAUAUGAACGAUUGCUAUGAGAGUUUUAAAUAAGGAUCUGAUCAUUAAUAAAUCAUUUGGGAAUUUAUGAUUAACUUUUUAAAGAACAAAUGA